AUGACUAACGAUUGUCGUGGUUAUAACUUAUGUGAAAAUGAAGAUCAAUACUUUCAAGAUAAUCCAAAAUGUCCAAGAUUGCAAUAUAAUCCAAGAUCACUCGUCAAUCUCGAUAUUGAUUCAAUACCAGAAAUAUCGACAGAGAAAAUUUCAGCGGUCGGUCAAUCAAGCAUUCUCAAGAAAGUAUUGAUUUGUAUUGGAGCUUUGGCUGUAGUUACGACUGCUGUUGCUGUACCUAUCGCGCUUACUGUAGGCAAGACGACGGCAGUGGUGGGGGACAAUACCAUUCUGACGUCUACUGUCACAACAACAACAUUUACAACUGCUACUGCAACGACAGCAACAACAACUACGGCAACUACAGCAACGACUUCAACAUCUACAACAUCAACAUCAACAUCCACAUCGGCAACUACUAGCACUACCACUACAACAACGACGCGUACUACUUCAACGUCCUCUAGCACUACUUCCACCUCAACAACUACGACAUCAACAGCUAGCACAACAACGACAACAACUAGCUCAACAUCGACAACCAGCACAACUUCGACAUCAACAAGCACUACAUCUAGAACAACAACUACUACCAGCACUUCAACAACAUCCACAACGUCAACUGCAACUACUACUAGCACUUCAACAACAUCAACUACACGUACUACAAGUACUUCAACAACCAGCACAACUAGCACAACAUCUACAUCAGCAACAACGACAACUACAACACCACUUGUAGCAUUAUCAUCACUUGCCACAGUCGGAGCCGGCAGUUUCUACUCUGGUGCUGGUACAGCUGCUGCUCAAAUGGCCGGUCUUGUUGAUCCUCAACCGAGCCCUACAUAUUAUAACUCCGGUGGUUACGCUCCUCAAUAUGUUCAGCUUGCGCUUCCAUCUACGUAUACUAUUAACAUUGUAUGUCUUCAAGUCGCUCAAUCGCCCAAUGGUGUAACACAUCAUCAACUUCUCGUCGGUCCCACGUCGAAUCCCACAACAUUGGCCAGUGAUUUAAAUGGUUAUACUUACGGUGAUAUUAAUCAACGUUUUUUUCCUAUUGGACUUUGUCUUAUCUCUACUGAUGAAGAUGCAGAAACAUUUGUAACAUUAUUCAGGGAAAUAAAAUUAUGCGCAGCAGCAGUCAAUAAUCAACCAUAUAAAAUAAAUACUGUUAUGGUUGACAGUGCUCCUAGUGUAACAACAACUGUGUAA